AUGUCGUUCAGCGGCGCAGAGAGCUUCCGCAAGUCCUCGCCGGUGGACACGGAAUGGAUAGAACGGGAGCUGAGUGCCUUCUUGGAGAGGGCCAGGAGUCAAGAGGAAUCUCGUCCCAUUGUGUGUGUGACCUCCGGUGGGACCACCGUCCCUCUGGAGAGGAACUGUGUCCGCUUCAUCGACAACUUCAGCAAGGGCACCCGCGGCGCACUGUCAGCUGAACAGUUCCUCAAGGCACGCGGCAUGGUGCAUUGUGCAGGCUACUCUGUGAUCUUCCUGUCGCGCACCGGCUCCCUGCUGCCCUUCCUCUCCGAGUGCCAGGAGGACAUGGCCACCGCCUUCUCGGUGUCGGGCCCUGGCGAGCUGCAGGUGAGCGCCCUAGCCGAAGCCCUGCGCACCUUCCACAGCUGCACAGAGGACCCGGGGACGUUCCUCCAUGUCCCCUUCACGACCGUGUUUGAGUACGUCCAGUAUCUGGAGGUGAUAGCAAGACGCCUCGCGUCUCACGGUCGCUUGGCCCUCUUCUACCUUGCAGCAGCUGUGUCAGACUACUACAUACCCUGGGCUGAAAUGGUGGAGCACAAGAUCUCGGGCGCAGGCCCCCUCGUCCUCGAGCUGCAAAAGGUCCCCAAGCUGCUCGGUGAGCUGACGUCAGUCUGGGCACCCCACGCCACGGUCGUGUCAUUCAAGCUGGAAACGGACGAGGAGGUGCUCCUCACCAAGGCAAAGGCUGCCAUUCAGAAGUAUGGCGUGGAUGCCGUGCUGGCAAACGAGCUGCACAGCAGGAAAGAAAGGGUGACGCUCCUGGUGAGAGCCGGCGAGGGUAGGGCAGCCCCGAUCCACUGCAGCGUGCUGCGACUGGACCCAUCUGCGCCCCCCGGCAGCGUCAUCGAGGAACAGCUGGUCGGCGCCGUCGUCGAUCUGCACCGGCAGCGCAGCCGGCGGUGA